GAAUGUCAAGCGCGGGAAGAAGCAGUAGUUGCCUGCCUGGAAGUUUUCUCGGGUUUUCCGCAUAAAAACAGACGUGGGUGUGAAAAUCCUUUGAGAAAAAAGGUCUCUAAGCUAGCUUAGUACCUUCAGAACCCCUACGCAUUGAAAAAACACAAUAUAAAUCCCCUCUUCGGCCGCUAACAUGUCGGAAAGAUCGAAAGGUGACGUGUCCGCUCGCAUAAACAACAAUGCAAACCAACCGACGCGUGUCGUUAAAAAUCCGCUUUUAAGCGCCUCCGUUACCGGGCUUAGUUUUGACGACUUUCCCAACAAGCCGCAACUGCUGCCCGCUGCUCCACCCGUGGUCCAUGCCACGCCCCCGGCGCCCGCGCCCGUCCUCAUCGCUGGCAUCUUGAACCGCGAACCGAAAACAUUGGUUACCGUGGGCCAGCCAUCGAGCAUCGACGACAGCGAAGCGCUCGACGAGAUUAACUUGAACACUAGCAGCGACGAUUCAAUCAGCGCGGGAGGAUCGAGUCCAUAUCGAGGAGCAGGCGAUCAAAACGCCAAUCCUCUGUUGGAGCCACCUCAGGAGGCUGGCAACGAUUCGCUGCUAAGCCAGGCCGCCUCCUCCUUCACCGCUUUGCCCGCUGUGGCCUCCAAUGUGUUUUCCACCUUCUCGAAGCGAAUCUACGCCGGCAGCAGGGAAUCCUCGGAGGAGCCCAAAUUUGAAAUCCAGCCCACUUACAUUCAGCAGGCUUCCUACGCUCCGCCAGUAGCUCCGGUACCCGCUCCCUUUUACGCUGCUCCUCCAGCGGCUGCGAAUGAAGUGGUUGCCCCCGAGCCGCCCAAGUUUUACGCACCCACUGAGGUUCCUGCACCGAACAUAGGAGUUCCUGGACCACCGCAAGCAGCGGCAAAUCCCAACACUUAUCGGUUCACCGCCAGAAAGAAGCUUUACGCUCCCAUUCCCGGACUCUCCGAGCGAUCCGGACAGGCUGGACCGUUUUCACAGGCUCCUCAAGCGGCUCCAUCGUUCCAAACACCACCAUAUCCGCCUCAGCCGAUUACCACAGCAAACCCAGCACCCUUUGACAUAUCAACUCAGCCUGCGCCAAUUCCCGCAGAGGAACGCAAAUCCGGCGGAGGACUUUUCUCACUGACCAGUCUCGUGCCUACGGGAGUGUUGCAGAACAUCUCAGGACUCGUGCAAUCUGCCACAGGCCGAAUCAGUGAGCCAGUGCCUCUAUCGAAUCCUCCACAGACAGGAGGCUACUUUGACAUUUCGACAGGACCACCAGCUACACCGACGAACUUGUUUGGGGGUCCAACUCCAGCUCCACUGUCAGGAGUUAACUAUUUCGUACCGGGUGCCGCUGCAUCUUUGCCCGAUCCCACUCCUGUGGGAAAUUUCUUUGCACCACCUGGCCCACUGCCUGGAGUCCCAUCAUCCGGAGUAGCUCCAGUCGCUGAGGGAAUAUUCACACCGGCUGGUGUUCCCCCAGCUGUAGGAGGAUUUUUCACUCCUGCCCCGGCAUCGGUCGCAGGAGCCAUUCCACCUGUAGCCACACAAGCUGUUCCAACAAUACCUUUACCUACAUCAGCACCACAAAAUCUUUUGUCAACAUCUGCAGCAGGACCGUUCUUAAAUCCUGGACCAGUUCCUCCAGUUACAUCAUUUGCAGCUGUUCCAACAAUACCUUUGGCCACAUCAGCAGAAGGAACAGCAACUUUCCCUCCCACAUCGGCAGUAGGAGGGUUCUUUACUCCUGCCCCAACCUCUUUAAAUCCGAAUCCUUUGCCAGGAGCACCGCCCGUAGCAGCUGCACCACCACCAGCCGCUGGACAAGCAUCUUAUCGCCUCCAAAAGGGCACUCGUCUCUACAAGAGUCCAUUGACGGCACAGGAAACUGCAGCAUCUACUGGCUUUGCUGCUCCUUUGCCUCCCACAUCUGUGCCUCCGGCCAUUUUCAACCCGUUUGGAGCACCUGUUCCAGGACCUUUCAGUUCAGUGGGUCAAAGCACCCAAGAAGUGCCACUCCUUGUACCGCCGGUUUUCCAAGAAAAAAUAACUGAACUCUCGGCUCCUCCACCAGCUGUCAUUGCAAGUGCUCUUCCGCCAGCAGCAUCUAUUGCCCCUCCGCCAGUAGCCUCUGUUGCAGCUCCGCCAGGAUCAUUGAUAGCAAGUGUUGCUAAUCCACCUCCAUCGGCUGAAAUCGCAAGUGUACCCCUCUUUGCUGCACCUCCAACAUCCUCCUCGGGUAUACCGUUUUUCAAUCCACAAGCGACAGACAAAGAAGUACCAAACGAAGCUUCAGCUGGACCUCCGACUGCUUUGGAAGCACUGGUUCAAGGACCUCCAUUAAACCAAGGAAUUCCCUUAUUUGCGCCCUUAUCCACGGCCAGCCCCUUCUUUGUUCCCCCAUCGUCGGAAGAAACUAAAGAGGAGACUCAAACUACUGUAACCGAAAAGGAACCACCUAGCGUUUCCUCAGCAAGUGACAAACUGGUUCAAGAACCAUCGAUCCAAGGAUUACCAUUCUUUGCACCACCGCCUCCAGCGACAACAGGAAUAAAUCUGUUUACGCCGCAAAUCAAUCAGGAGAAUAAACCAUUAAAAGAGGAAUUCAAGCAGUCAGAGAUUCAAGAGGCGGGUUUAACUGCACCACAACCAGAAACAACUCAAGGUGUUAAUUUGUCAACUGCACCACCACCGAUAUCUUCAACUCCCAGUUCCUUCUUUGCUACCCAGGAAGUUCCGUUAUUUUGUCCUGCUGUUAUCGAACCUGUUUUUGAAGAUACUCCAGCAAGCAGUUCGGCAUCGAGUGUUCCACUCUUUGCGCCCACAAGUGAACCAGAUCAAGAAGCUGAUUUCUGUCCCGUUCCAUCCGCGCCAGUGGAAGCAGAGAUCCCAUUAUUCGUGCCAGUGCCAGCUUUAUCGGGACAAAGUCAGGGCGUACAAUUGUACCCACCACCACCAACUGGAUCCACCGAUCCCAGCGGGCUCUUUGCUCCACCGCCAGCAGUUUCAAGUGAUCCAUCGCGCAUUCCUGAGCCUGUAACAUCAGCUGUUUCGUCGUUUUUCGCCCCUACACAAGUGGAUUCUACUAAUUCAUUAUUUGCUCCGCCUCCGGCUGCAAAUUCUGCAAUUUUCACACCUGCUCAGCCGACGAGUACUUCGUUGUUUGCUCCCAUACCAACAAUCCAAUCUACACCAGAUCUGGUUCCAGCGACAUCGGCUGAGAUAGUGGAUGCUCCACCUGCCUUUCUUGGAACACCAGAGGCCAACACAACAAAUCUGUUCCAGAGCAACUCCGUGACCCAAACAGUUUUUAGUCCAUUUGCACAAACUAAAGCUACACCUUUGAUUCAGGAAACUGCACAGGAAUUGGUUCCACCUCCAAUCGGAUUCUUUUCACAGCCGACAGAGCCCGAAACCCUUAACCACCCACCACUUGCUCCCUCGCCCUUGCAAAGCUUCUUUAACCCGGCACCAGGAGCAGCUCCUUCCGCGGACUUUAACUUCUUUGGAAAUCCAGCACCUAGCAGCGUGUUUCCUGAUUUGCCAGUCCAGCAGGGAAUCGCCCCGCCACCGUUGGCACAAGAGCCACCUCCGCAGGCUGGUGACUUAAAUAUUGCCCCAGCUCCUCUUGGAUUCGACUUGCUGAGCCAAUCCCAGCAAGCGCAAGACCAAACACCAAGUUCGAUUGAAAAUUCGUACCCAAAUUCAAGUGUCAGCUCUUUCACCGGCUAUUUUGGUGGCCCCGGUGUCCCUCCGCCGGCAUCAGCCGCACCUGAGCCAGCUGCAGCACCAGAACCUGUUGCUCCAAUUAUAAAUUGCGAUCCGGUCAACUUCUUCGAUCAGGUGCCCCAGACACAGUCGCAAAUCCAACAAGCCAACGAGGAUCAGCGGAUCCAGAACUUCUUCAACAAUCCGCCAUUGCAAGAUCAACCUGCUGCACCAGGUGAACUUAAAUACGACAUCGUGCACAGUGGAGUGGCUGUGAAGCAGCUGCAGGAGCGUUCGCAGACACCCAUCUCCAAUCUUGUUGAGCCACCCUCGUCGGCCUGCUCCGAGUUCUCUACCGUAGCGCCAGCUCCCACGCAAACCGAUCGCCAAUCAGGCGAGGAUCUAUUCCAGCAGCACCUGGGUGAGUUGCCUGAGGAGAUCCUCAGAGAGCUCAGGAUGGCCACUGCCAGCAGCGAUAAGGGCCAGGUGGCGACACCUCCCGUGGCUAUAUCUUAUUCACCAGUGGUGGUUCAUUGGUUCUACAAACGCAGCGUGGACACGAAAUUCUUAUGGACACCAUUCAGCCACUAUGAUUCAGCCUUGUUGGAAACGGGGCUAAACCUUGACGAUUCCACAUUGAUAAUUCCCGUCGAGGGUGGUCGCUACGAUGUGAACAUCAAGGAGCGGACCAAGACACCCGUUUACUGGGAGGGAAAGGCAAUCGAGGUACGACGCUGCUCUUGGUUCUACAAGGGAGUUGACUCCAAGUAUGUACCCUACACCGAAGAUACGGCCGCUCUGCUGGAAUCGGAGUACAAGCGAUCUACAGAGACUGGCGAGUGGCAUCAGAAGAUCAUGCUGGCCAACGGCGAGCAGGUGGUCUUCCACGGACCCACCGUCAUCGUGCACUUCCUGCCGCAACAGAAUGCGGACACUUGGGGAGCUAGCACGCAGAGCUCCAUGCGCCCGCGUGUGGUUAAGAGGGAUCUGGAUGAUUUCACCAUUGAACAGGGGGAAUCACAGCGAGUGGAUCACCUGCUUUUUAUGGUUCAUGGCAUUGGAUCAGCCUGUGAUUUGAAAAUGCGUUCGGUGGAGGAAGUUGUGGACGACUUCCGGGUUAUUGCCCAACAAUUGGUUCAGUCGCACUAUAAAAACUCCACGGAUAUGGGCCUAGUUGGCCGCGUGGAAGUCUUGCCCAUCUCCUGGCAUGGUCACCUGCACUCCGAGGAGCUAGGCAUCGACGAAAAGCUUAAGUCCAUCACUUUGGAGUCAAUUCCACGUCUGCGAAACUUUACCAACGACACGCUGCUCGACGUGCUCUUCUACACCAGCCCGAAGUACUGCCAGAAGAUCAUGAACACAGUGGCCGAUGCACUAAACGACGUCUACCUAAAGUACCGAAUGCGCCAUCCAGAAUUUAAUGGAGGCGUCUCGUUGGCAGGACACAGUCUUGGCUCGCUAAUCCUGUUCGAUCUACUGUGCCAUCAGGAGCCGCUCAAGGAAAGCGAAGAGGAAAAUAAAGAGAAUCCCGAUCAACUGCCGCAGAAGCAAGCCUACCAGAAGGUUCAGCUCCCGACCAGUGACCUUCUGCCCAAACAAGUCAGCUACGCGAUGGGACCGGAGGGCACUGGCCAACCCGUGAUCACAUAUACGCAGCUCAUAUUCCACCCGAAAAAGUUCUUCGCUUUGGGUUCGCCCAUUGGGAUGUUUGUAACGAUUCGGGGGAUCGAUAAGCUUGGCCUUGAUUUCCACCUACCCACUUGUCCGGGCUUCUACAACAUAUUCCAUCCGUUCGAUCCGGUAGCCUAUCGGAUCGAGGCGCUCGUCAAUCCAGACAUGAAUGGCAUUCGCCCGGUGUUGAUUCCCCAUCACAAGGGACGCAAGCGGAUGCAUCUGGAGCUCAAGGAGACAAUGACCCGGGUGGGUGCGGACAUCAAGCAGCGGUUCAUGGACACAUUCAAGACCACGCUGGACAGUGUAAACUUCCUGGCCACGGUGACGAAAGUGAAGAAGGAAGCCGAAGAGUCGCUGGAGAAGGAGACAAGUCAGACCUCUUCACAUGCUUUGCAAAAGCAAAUCGAGGAUCAGGAGGAGAGCUCAGUGGCCAGCUCAUCCGGCAAACUACGAAAUCGGUCAGAUUCCAACUCGACCACGGCUUCCGAUCCAGAGUUUAUAGAACUUGACUUCCCGCUGGGAAAGCUGAACGACUCGAAGCGAGUGGACUACGUGCUCCAGGAAGCACCUUUGGAGUUCAUCAACGAGUACAUCUUUGCCCUGAGCAGCCAUGUGUGCUACUGGGGAUCCGAAGAUACGAUCCUUUUCGUGAUGAAGGAGAUCUAUGCCAGCCUGGGCAUCAGCACCGACAGCCAGGUACCGCAGUCCUCAAUGACCAUCGAGCGCCCGGUCUCUCACGAGAGCAGUGUCAGCAAUUCGCUGUUGCCGAUGUGAGUCCACCAAACCACACGAGCGCUCUGUUGGAUCCUCCGAUCCCACGAAUCACCCACACCAUAACUAUAUAUAUAUUUAGUACCAAUUUAUUUAGAUAUGUUAUUUGUUAGCCGAAUCAUACAAAGAAUUUUCCAUAUGUGCAACUCUAACAUGGUUAAUGGUAUUAUCAAAGUAAGAAGUCUUUAUCGCUUGAGUGACUAAUCCGUAGCAAGUUCUCGAGCUUAACAAAUUGUCAUUUAUAUUCACCGGAUGAGCACCGAAGAGUGCUGUUUGUUAUUUUUGUAAUAUCGCCUGUGUAAUUGACUUUGUAACAUUUAUGCUUAACAAAGUGUAUGUCUAAAGUUUUUAAAAUAAAUAACAUAACCGUUGUUUUCAAA